UGACAUAACAAAAAUUGUAGGUUAGGAACACUGUUGUCAAACCAACAAACUGCGAUAAUUUCAAUUUUCAUUUUCAUUUCCUACUGUUCAUCCUUCCUUAGUAUAUGGAAAUGUAAAAAUUGCUCACUGCGAUGUCUUCUUCAGCUGAAUUGGUGCAGAACGCCGUAGAAGCAGCCAGGAAAGCUGUAGAAUUCGAUCAAAAUAAUCAGCAUGAGCCUGCGGUUUAUUUUUAUGAAACUGCUGCCAGAUUAUUAGACCAGGCAGCUUCACUCAGUAGUCCCGAAAAGACUGCAUCACUCUCAGAGAAAUCUUCGGAAUAUAAGCGUAGAGCAGAGGAAUUACAUGAAACUAAAAUCAACAAAAAUACUCUUAUACAAAAUGACGAUGAGAAUAAAUUGAAAGUUAAAAGGGGGUACUUUUUAAUCCAACAAGCUAUAGAUGAAGAUGAGAGUGGAGACAGGCAAGAUGCGAUUGAAUUAUAUACCAAAGCUAUAGAAUAUAUAACGCAAAACCCUACUUUGAUGCAGGGCGAUCUAAAAGAUUUAGCGUUGAGAGCUUUAGAACGGGCAGAAAAUUUAAAAGAAUCAACAAAAGCAUCAUCAACAAGUAAUACAGUACAUGAGCACCAAGCAUUUCCAACACCAACAAAUACUAAUUAUUAUCGAAGACAAAAUUUACAUAGAGGAACAUCGGCCCAUCUGCAAGUUACUGGAAAUGAACAAUAUAGUGAAGAAGAAAAGAAAGUGUUGCUAAUCACGUCGAGAAUCAACAAACACGAUUAUGUACCAUUCAUGAGUAUAGACUUGAAAGAAAGAUUUCAAUAUUCUAUUCCAUUUUCAGAUAAAGAUGGAUAUCUAGCCCUGUCCCCUAAACAAAAACGGGAAUUCGCUACGUGGAUAAGACCAUCUGAUAUUUGUUCGGAACCAUGUAUAGUGCAUGGAAACUCACCAAAUUAUCUAAAUAUCAAGCAGACAAUCAUUUCUGAUUGCUCAUUCAUUGCUAGUUUGGCUGUGAGCGCCUCAUACGAGACAAGAUUUGGAAGAAAGUUGGUAACAUCAAUCGUAUAUCCUCAAACUAAAGAUAAAAAACCAGUGUUUAACCCAUUUGGAAAAUAUAUGGUUAAGUUACAUAUCAAUGGUAUCGCUAGAAAAGUUAUCAUAGAUGACUACUUUCCCAUAAGCAAGUAUGGACAAUUACUUUGUUCUUACUCAAGCAAUAAAAAUGAGUUUUGGAUAUCGAUUCUGGAGAAAGCUUAUAUGAAAGUGAUGGGCGGUUAUGAUUUUCCAGGAAGUAAUAGUAAUGUUGACCUUUAUGCAUUAACAGGUUGGAUACCAGAAAGAAUGUCGAUAAAAUCUGAAGAAUUUAAUAAAAACGCACUCUUUAAUAGCUUAGAAUCUCGGAUGGCAAAAGGCGAUGUUUUAGUUACAGUGGCAACAGGGGAACUUACUGAAAGUGUCGCAGAGAGAAGUGGACUUGUUGCUACUCAUGCUUACGCGGUGAUGGAUGUGAGAACAGUUAAUGGGGUUAGGUUGUUGAAACUCAAGAACCCUUGGUCGCAUUUGAGAUGGAGAGGAAACUACUCCGAAUUAGACACCGUACACUGGACACCGGAGUUACAGAAUCUGCUACAUUACGAUCCGAGCUGUGCAGCACAGUUUGAUAACGGAGUGUUUUGGAUCGACUAUGAUAGUUUGUGCGCUUUCUUCGAUGUGUUUUACAUGAAUUGGAACCCGGAGUUAUUCAAAUAUACUUAUUGCAUUCAUUCGUCAUGGAGUGCUGGGCUCGGUCCAGCUAAAGAUUUGUAUACCAUCAGUUCAAACCCUCAAUUUUCACUUGAAGUGAGCUCAACGGCUUCUUCAGCCGCUGUUUGGAUUUUGUUGACGAGACAUAUCACCGACAUCGAUGAUUUCAGGGAAAACAAGGAAUAUAUUACUGUGUUUGUUUAUCAGACCAAUGGAAAAAAGGUGUAUUAUCCAUAUGAUCCACCUCCAUAUAUCGAUGGGGUUAAAAUAAAUAGUCCCCAUUAUUUAUGUAAAUUAAUACUGCAAUCAACAAGUCCGAGAAAAUAUACAAUAGUUAUCUCGCAGUAUGAAAAAUCUCAAACAAUUUAUUACACGUUAAGAGCUUAUUCCACUUGUCCAUUCACUCUCACUAAAAUUGAGGAUCCUUGUAGAUACGUGAAAGAGCUUACUGGGGAAUGGAAGGGUAUUACAGCAGGUGGCUGUCCGAACCAUCCAACGACUUAUAGGAACAAUCCAAAGUUCAAGGUCACUGUUUCGUCUUCGACAAAUGACAAUAAACUGUUGGUAGAACUGAAAGGACCUAAACAAUACCAAAUCGGCUUCGAUGUUACCAUCAACAAAAUAAACGAUCAUGAUACUUUUACUGCGCCGUUUAGAUCUAAAUCGUCAGGUGCUUAUAGAUCUGGGUAUGUCGUGUUGGAGUUGGAUAACAUACCAGCAGGUAUUCUGACUAUAGUACCUUCGACAUUUUUGCCAAAUCAAGAGGGGCCAUUCAUCUUAUCGGUGAAAUCGUCUUGUCUAAUAGACUUGGCGCCAAUUUGAUGUGAAAAUUUUGAAUCUUAGGAGGAAUAGGCUUCAAAUCAACGUUUUAAGCAUCGAUAUUUCCACCAAUCAACUGCCUGUGAUCACUCAAUAGUUGAAAAUAUUCAGGAAUUCUAACAGAGUUAUAAUGUUGCUUCGAAUUAUAUUUUAUUUUUGCUUUUAAUAAAAAGAUAUUUUAUUACUAGUGA